AUGGUGCGUCAGCUGCACGACGGCAUGAUGGCGCGAGUCACGGACAACGGAGCUGUCUCAGAGGUAUUCGUAGUGACCAAGGAAGUGAAGCAGGGUUGCGUGCUGGCGCCUACCCUCUUCAGUCUUAUGUUCUCUGCCAUGCUGAUGGACACCUACUGUGAUGAACGCCCAGCAUUCGUCCGCAUCGUCUACAGGACGGACGGUCACCUCCUGAAUCAACGACGGAUGCACUUCCAGUCGCGCGUAUCCACAACCACCGUGCACGAACUCCUCUUUGCCGACGACUGCGCCCUGAACACCACCUCGGAGGAGGAGAUGCCACGGAGCAUCGACCUCUUCUCUGCCGCCUGCGAGAACUUCGGUCUGGUCAUUACCACGCAGAAGACGGUGGUGAUGCAUCAGCCGCCACCCAACCCAGCCACAGCCCCCAACUCGCCACCGCAAAUCAGCGUGAACGGGACCCAACUGCAUGUGGUGAAGAACUUCCCGUAUCUGGGCAGCAUACUCUCCCGCAACACCAAGAUCGGUAACGAAGUCGCCAACAGGAUCUCGAAUGCCAGUCAAGCCUUCGGCCGCCUCCAAAACACAGUAUUGAAUCGUCAUGGUCUUCAACUGAGCACGAAGCUGAAGAUGUACAAGGUCGUCAUCCUGCCGACGUUGGUGUACGGAGCGGAGACUUGGACAGUGUACACAAAGCAGACACACCGACUGAACCACUUCCACCUCAGUUGUCUUCGUCGCAUCCUGAGGCUGAACUGGCAGGAUCGAAUCCCCGACACUGAAGUACUGGAGCGGACGGGAAUCUUGAGCAUCUACACCAUGCUGAGACAAAUGCAGCUGCGCUGGAGCGGCCACCUGGUGUGCAUGGACGACGAGCGUCUACCCAAACGACUCUUCUACGGAGACGUCGUCACGGGCUCUCGCCGUCAAGGAGGUCAAAUUCGCCGAUACAAGGAUGCUCUGAAGUUCUCCUGA